AUGCUAACGCGACUGCCUGUUCUUCCCCAAUAAUGCGCGGCAUCGCCUCCGCCGGAACGCUCCACCCCAGGCCAUCUGCGGCUGUCCGAUCAAAAUCCAACGCGGCAGACCGCCCCACCCUCCACCGACGACCCACCCUCCACCUCCGGCGGUCACCGGAAAACUCUCUGCCGUCCAUCCGCCGCAGCGGCCGCCUCAUGCCUCCUCUUACCGCGGCCGCCCUGGCCACCAGCAGCGGCGCCGAAUCCUUCAGCGAGCUGGCCUCUGCCGACGAUUUCGCGGCCAUCGCAUCUCCCGACGGCCACAUCUCCGUCAUCGGCUUCGGCUCCCUUCUCUCCGAGCGGAGCGCGAGGAGCACGUUCCCGGAGCUGGAGGGGUUCCGUGUGGCGGCGCUGCGCGGGUUCCGGCGCGUCUUCGCCCACGCCGCCCCAAUAUUCUUCGAGCGCGGCAUCGCCAUUGAGGCCACUAAGGAGUUCUCAAGCUUAAGCGUGGAGCACUGCGAGGGCGAAAUGAUAGUUGUCACUGUGUUUGAAAUCAAGGAGGAGGAGGUGCCAGCAUUCAUUGAGAGGGAGCUCGAGUUCAGAUUUCUUGCGGUGGUCCCUGAAGGGCUGGACGGAGUGCCUUUUCCAAAUCAAGCUGUUGUCUGUGCACGCUAUAGUGAUGAAGAGUAUUUCCGAGUGAGAUGCAAAGGAAGCAAAGAGAUAUAUAAUCAGCACUAUGGACGAUACAACAUUGAUAAAAUAUGGAGGGAUGAUAUUUUGCCCUGUCGUCUAUAUCUCAGGCACUGUGUUCUUGCCGCCAAGAAUCUGGGAGAAGCAGCAUAUAGCAACUUCUUGGACCACACCUAUCUGGGUGACCGGAGAACCACGAUAAGGGAAUACUUGGCCACGACCGGAGCUGGCAUCAUGGAAGAGGAGCCACCGGAGAUGCUAAAAAGCCGCUAUGGCGGCUAACUCGACGACGACUCUCAGGGCCACGGCCAUCACAAAUUGAAAUUCUCACUUGUGUGACUGCUGCCUACGAAAUCGGCAGUCAGAUAUGAACGGGGUUGCGCCAAAUAAUGCAUGAUGCUGCAGUGCAGAAUAUCUAAGAUUGCGAUUGUUUUCCGCGCAAAUUAUUGGCGCCAAACGCUGUGAUCUGUGAUCCUGUUUUGAUUGAUGUACACUGCUAAGGCAAUAAUUGUGACUAUUUCCCAUCA